AUGUCUCAACAUCUUCUCGCUCGUGCAGCAGGAACUCUCAGCCAGCGUACAGUCCAGCAAAUCGAGACUUCGCAGCUGCUUCACGCUAUCCAAGCCGCCCCUGGCAUCCAGUUCGAUGGUAGCGAUAAUGGAACUACCGCGUCUAGCUACCAAGCUCAGGCAAAGUUACCAGAUGACAAUGAGAAAUCUUCAACCUGGGCGCACAAGGCUGGUGUCAACUGUCUGACGAUUGAUCGCUUCGAGGGACGGUAUAUGCUAAGUGGAGGCUCUGACUCCUCGAUACUGCUUUGGGAUCUUGAGAGCGUGUCUGGCACCACUCGUGCAAGCACUUACAGCCCUGUAGGGAAAGCAGACAAGACUUCAUCGUCCCAUAAGUUUGGAAUCACACAACUAUCAUUCUAUCCCUUUGAUUCCCAGGCGUUCCUAUCCAGCUCUUACGACCAUACUUUGAAGCUCUAUGCUACAGAGACUCUCGCUGUGUCUGCAUCUUUCAACUUGGACUCUAUUCUAUAUAGUCACGCAUCGUCCCCUAUCGCUGAUCACUUGCUUGUGGCUUGCGCCUCGCAACAUCCCGCCGUCAGGCUGGUUGACCUACGAUCAGGAGCGAACGCACAUUCCCUUGCUGGGCAUCAAGGUGCUGUGUUAUCUGUUGCAUGGAGUCCAAAAGAUGAGUUUGUAUUAGCCAGCGGUGGGUUGGAUGAUACAGUGAGACUAUGGGACAUUCGAAGUAGCGCAAGCUGCCUUGGUGUGCUAGACCUUGAAGACUCUGUAGGUAUGGGAGGAGAGGACGGCUUCGGGUCUAAGGCCAGAGCUAGAACUCAUGGAAGGGCACAUACAGGUCCUUGUAAUGGGGUCGUUUGGAAAGAUGACGGUGCUGUUAUCGUCACAUCAGGUCAUGAUGAAAGGGUGAGAGUAUGGGAUGUGGCUACAGGAGCAAAUACCCUGGCGCAUUUUGGGCCGAUCAUCAAGAAUACCAAUUUGUCCAUAUUACUCCCUUUGCUAGUACCUACUUACGUGGGCAAGACUGGAGAGGGAUUCAUGUUGUACCCAAAUGAAAAGGAGAUUCUCAUGUUCGAUCUCUUCGAAGGCACUUUGUUGAAGAGACUUCGUAUUCCCGAAAUCAAUGUUGCCCAAGCUAAGGGAGCCGCUGGUCAACGGAGUAUUAGGAACAGGGUGACUUCGCUCUGUUGGAGAGCUGGUAACAUUGAAUAUUACUCCGCUCACUCUGACGGCUUGAUCAGAGCGUGGAAGCCGCAAACAAAAGCAGAACUAGAGCUUGACCGUGAAGAAGCCGAGAUUGUUUUUGAUAGCGAAGACAACGAACGCAAGCGGAAGAGGCAGGUCUUGGAUGACAUGUUCAGAGACCUAACGAAACAGAAGAUAACUUUCACCUGA